ACAUCUAUCUACAUUUUCAACACAAAUCACAAAACAACCUUCAAAAAACAUGGAAACCUUCAAACAAGUUUCAAUCCUUUUACUAUCUCUUUUCCUCAUUUCCCUUUUCAAAUACUCUCAUGCUGCAGGAAUUGCAGUCUAUUGGGGCCAAAAUGGAGGUGAAGGUUCCUUGGCAGAUGCUUGCAACACAAACAAUUACCAGUUUGUAAACAUAGCUUUUCUAUCCACUUUUGGCAGGGGCCAAAAGCCACAACUAAAUCUUGCUGGUCAUUGUGAUCCACGUAUCAAUGGCUGCACAAAGUUUAGUAGUGAAAUUCAAACUUGUCAAGGCAAGGGAAUCAAAGUGUUCCUCUCUCUCGGAGGUGUCGCUGGUACUUACUUUCUUGAUACAGCCCAAGAAGCCACAGACCUUGCAAAUUACCUAUGGAACAAUUUCUUGGGUGGCACGUCAACUUCAAGGCCAUUAGGUGAUGCUGUUUUGGAUGGAAUUGAUUUUGAUAUUGAAGCUGGUGGUGAACAUUUUGAUGAACUUGCAAGAGCACUAAAUGGUUUUAGUGCACAAAAGAGAGUUUACUUGUCUGCAGCACCACAGUGUCCUUUCCCUGAUGCUCAUUUGGAUUCAGCUAUUAAUACUGGUUUGUUUGAUUAUGUUUGGGUUCAGUUUUACAAUAAUCCUCAGUGUCAAUACUCGAAUGGAAACACUAACAAUCUUGUUAACGCUUGGACUCAAUGGACUUCAAGUCAAGCUAAACAAGUGUUCUUAGGUGUUCCUGCUAACGAUGCUGCUGCUACAAGUGGUGGUUUUAUUCCUUCUGAUGUUUUGAUUUCUCAAGUUCUUCCUGCUAUUAAGAGUUCUCCUAAAUAUGGCGGAGUCAUGAUUUGGAAGAGAUUCAAUGAUGCACAAAGUGGAUACAGUAAUGCUAUUAAGGGCAGUCUUUAAUUAACUACAUAAAUCUAUAGUCCUUAUUAUGUAUUUAGAAUAAGCAGCACAUUCAAGUAGGUUUUCUUACUAGGUGCUAUGUGAUCAGGAAUCACUUUGUUUAUGAAGUCUCACCUAUCAUUUGGAGUGUCUUUGCAAAAUUAAAAUGAGAAUUUAUAUAAUCUAUACCGAUAUAUUAAAGGAGA